UAUAGCGGUUGCUAUCAUAGAUAUCUAUGGUGUUGCUGUCAAAGUGUAGUUAGCUAGCGAAGUGGAUCACCGAGCUGCCAAAAGUUAUUAUGAGAAGUUUAGGGUUGCCAACUGUCCCUUAUUUGCUGGGAUGUCCCGUAUUUUGGUCGAAAUUGAGAUGUUCCGUAGAGGACACUUAUUGAUCCAUAUUUUAGUGACAUAAGUUUACCGGGACGGGGGAGUGGGGGUACCUCUAUAUACGCCCUGAAAAAGGGUGGGGCUUAAUUAGGUCAAUCGGAAAUCUGUGCUCAUCAAGCCAUUUCAUGGGGUCUUUAAUGAACUAUGUUUGACAUGUUAUGAGUAUCUGAGAGUUAAUGCCCUUGCAUGCUUUUUAGUUAUUUAGGGUUGAAAGGAGGAUGACAAUGCAGAACAUUAAGUGUAUUGUGGUCGGAGAUGCUGUAGUGGGGAAGACCUGCCUUCUGAUUUCCUUCAUCACUAAAAACUUUCCUGAAGAUUAUUUUCCCAGUCUGUUCGAAUACACCACUGAGUUGACUGUAGACUCCAAACUCAUCAGUCUGAACUUGUGGGACACCCAAGGACAGGAGACAUAUGAUCGUCUGCGGAUCCUCUCCUACCAGCAGACCAAUGUCUUCAUCAUUUGCUUCAGUGUCAUUAGCCACGUGUCCUACAAGAACAUCAAGAAAAAGUGGUAUCCUGAUAUAUCGAAUCAUUGCCCUAAUGUGCCAGUCUUGCUAGUGGGAACUAAAAUAGAUCUGAGAGAUGACCCAGAGGUUCUGAAGAAGCUACAGGAGAAGAACCUCACCCCUCUCACCCAGCAACAGGGUGUGGCGUUGGCCAGAAAGAUCCAGGCCACUAAAUACCUGGAGUGCUCAGCUCUCACACUGGAAGGAGUGGAGGAAGUGUUUACAGAAGCUGUUCAAGCGGUCCUCAACUAUGCGCCACCAACCUCCAAGAAAACAUGUGUGCUGCUCUAA